AUGUCGACACCAUCACCAAAGAAACAUAAUCAUAGACGAACACGUUUUACGUGUUGGCACCCAUUAUUACCAGCAUUUUCAGCUCGACUUAUUAUUGCAUUACGUACACUCUUAGGAAUUGCUUGUGUAGCAGCAUUUACACUUUCACCAGUGACUUCGAAUACACUCAAAGGUCAACUUCUGCUUGGUGUUAGUUUUAUAGUUUGUAUAAAAAGUACACUUGGUGCUACAAUUCAAUCAGCUAUUCGUUUAUUUCUUGGCGGUGUUAUUGCUGCUGUAUAUUGUCUAUUUGUAGUUAAUGUUUUUACACCUCAUGCUUUUAUUGGUAUUGGUGCAACAAAUAUUCUUGUUCUUCUUAUUGUUUAUACUGAUUUACCAGUAACUGUUCGUCGUUUUUCAAUUGUACCAACAUGUAUUGUACUUUUACAAUGGUUUACUAAACCAAAUAUAAAUACUUUUUUUGUAUUACAAAUAUGGGCAUCAUUAACAAUUGGUUCUUCAUUAGCUGUAGUUGUUACAUGUAUACCAUUACCAGUUGUACCAACUGCUUAUCGUGAAUUAACAAUGCGUAUGAGAUUUAUUGCUCGGCAAGCAAGGCGUGAAAUAACAGCAAUUGUUUCACUUAUAUCUGAUUAUCAUGAUACACAUUUAAAUGAACAUUAUGGACAUAAACAUCAUAAAAAAAUGAGUCUUACUGAUGAUGAUAAUGGUAUUGAAAUACCAGCUAAUACUUAUCGUGAUGAUGAUAUUAAUAAUUUUUCGACAUCAUUUGAAGAUCUUCGAGAUGAUCAUUUACUUAAAAGUGAUAUACAAGAUUUAAAUUCAUUAGUUAAUGAUGAAUUAAAACAUAUGCAACGUGCGUUAGGUGAAAUUUCAUAUGAACCCUAUUUUAUAUUUUUAAAAUUUCUUAAUUUUAUGAGAAAAUUUUUACGACACAUUCCAUAUAUAAAAAAAUUUAUUAAUACAACAUCAACACUUCAAACACGUUUAACAGUAUGGUCUACAAGUCUUGCUUCGAUACAACGAACAAUUAAUGGGAUAUUAAUGUUAGAUCAUCAUCAUCAUGCAUUUGUUGGUCAACGACAUUUGAUUAAUGCAAUAUGUCGUCUUCUUGAUUCAACAUUUGAUUUUUUGGAUUCAACACUUCCAUAUACAACAGCAUCAACAAGUUACUUUAAUACAGCACAAAUAAUUUCUUGUCGAACUCGAGUUGAAGAAGCAUUGGAGGAUUUUUUUGAAACAUAUACACAAGUACGUGAAAGUCCACAACAUUCAUCUAUGUCAAAUACAGAUGCCAUUGUAUUAAAUACAUCUCUUCUACUUAUUUUACGUCUUGUUCAUGCAACUAUAACUGCUGCUGAAACAAGUGAAACACCUGGUGCACAUCUUGAUACUUUACCAGAUACACCAGUUAAUCCUCCGAAACCAAAAAAACCAUUUAAUUGGAAACAACCAUUUCUUGAUCUUGCUGCUUAUAUUGGUAUUCGACCAUCAUU